CUCUUAUUAAAUGUAUUAAAUAACUAUCCAUUGGCGAUAGAAGAAAUAAAAAUUGAUCUUAAAUCACCAUUCCAAUUUUUAUUCGAAGGUUCUCGACAACAAUAGAGAAAAAUAUAAAUUUGAACUAAAUGGCUGAAGAAAUAAUUCAAGAAAGGAGGAUGAAGAUGAUAGAGAAACUUUAGAAAAGAAUAUAAAUGGAGUGAUUUACAAAAAGAGCAAGUAAGGUUCUCGACGAUUAUGCAAAUAAUACAGAUAAAUUAAAGUCGAAAGCAUCUUUAACUUUGAACCAUUUUAAUAUAAGCAGAAACUAAAGCCAGAAUAGCUUAUAAGGAUGGAGGAAAGUAAUAGGAAACAAAAAAAGCGUAUUCGAACAUUGUGAGCUAUACAAAGAGAUAUAUAUUAUUUAGAAUUUCACCAUAUUGUAUUUCCCAUCAAAGUCAAUAUUCCUAAGUUUAUUUUGGAGAACUAUCUUAACAAUUAAAUCAAGGUAAUGAUUCAAUCUCAUUCUCUAGUCCUAAUCUUGGCGAAGCUAUUCCUGGUUUGUAGUAAGAUAUUUAUUGA